GGCGGGUCCAACAGGAGCAGGCACUUAAAUAUGGGACAGGUGAGAGUGGAGUUCCAGGUGAUGCUGGAACUGUGGCUGCGAUCCAUAUACUUUCUCACCUGACCAGUCCGGAACAGUAAGCCAAUGAAAAUGAUCAAAGCGGUAUUGUCGUUAGCCUUGGUCCUGGUUACCAUGUCCUCCACCUUUGGGAAAUACAUCCCAAAGACUGGCAAGAGGAUCCCUCAGACUCUGUCCAGAGGUUGGGGUGAUCAGCUGAUCUGGGCCCAGACUUACGAGGAGGCCCUUUAUUGGUCCAGGUCGAAGAAUAAGCCUCUGAUGGUCCUCUUUCACCUUGACGACUGCCCACACAGCCAGGCACUGAGGAAGGUUUUGUCCGACGACAAUGAGAUCCAGAAAACUCUUGAUGAAGACUUCAUCGUCCUCAAUCUGGUGUACGAAACCACAGACAAACAUCUCUCUCCCGAUGGACAGUAUGUUCCCAGAAUCAUCUUUGUUGACCCCACGAUGACAGUGAGGGCUGAAAUAACUGGUCGCUAUGCCAACCGCAUGUAUGCCUACGAACCAAAUGACACCAAACUCUUGUUGAGCAACAUGCAGAAGGCUAAGAAGCUCCUGAAAUCUGAGCUGUGAGGACAAUUACAAGACGCAUGCUCGACUUUGAACCCUGAUCCAUUCUUUGCAUAGAAAACCAAGCACUGGAAAGUUUCCUCGCAUCACCUUCAUUUGAAAUGUUUCCUUCUUGAACUUUGUGCCAAUUCUCGCCUUUGUUAUUAUUGCUGUACACCAAGAAUGUCUUUUAAAUAAAUAUGGAACUGUUCAUGUA